AUGGAUACCACAGAUGAGAACUGCAGUCUAAUCGCUGUGCCGAACGGUGCUUAUCCGGUGCUCUGCACUGAGGAAGUCCUUCUCCCCUUCUUCUCCGAUGAGAGUCUGCCGGCUGCCAUGGCCUCACACCUGCCUCCAGCUCUCCCAGAACUCAGACUGGUUCUACUGGGCAGGAAAGGAGCCGGGAAGAGCGCGGCGGGCAACACCGUCCUGGGAGGAGUGGGAGGCUUCGAGAGCGGGAGGCCCACGGAGGAGUGUGUGAUAGGGGGAGCAGAUGUGGCGGGCAGGAGAGUCACGGUGGUGGACACCCCUGGGUGGGAGUGGUACUACCCUCUCAACAGGACCCCCAACUGGGUGAGGAGGGAGACCCUGCGGAGCGUGACACUGUGUCCUCCUGGACCCCACGCUGUGCUCCUGGUGGUUCGCUCCUGUGCCUCAGUGACGGACGCCUACAUCCAGGAGAUGGAGGAGCACCUGGAGCCUCUGGGAAGUGAAGUCUGGGAGCACACCAUGCUGCUGUUCACCAGGGGAGACGAGCUGGGCCGGACCACCAUGGAGCAACGGAUCGUGACGAGCGGACCGGCGCUUCAGAGGCUCCUCCAGAAGUGUGGGAACAGAUAUCAUGUCGUGAACAAUCUGAGGAGAGGUGACGGGACGCAGCAGGUUCAAGAGCUGAUGAGGAAGCUGGAGCAGAUGGUGGAGGAGAAGAAAGACGGGAACAGUCAUCUGGAGAUGGAUAGUUCGGUUCUGUUGGGUUUGGAAGCAGACGGCCAGAGGAGAGCCAGAGAGAGGAGGAAGAAGCAGAGGCAGAUGGAGGCACAGAUGCAGAGAGGAACCAUCAAAGCUGCUCUGAUGAGUGAUGGUCCUCAGGGUUCCGAGCUGGACGCUCACCACUCGUUCUCCAAAGCUCCCAGACGUUUACACGAGGUCCGGCUGCUUCUCCUCGGGGAGCGUGAAACCGGAAAGAGCUCCGCUGGGAAUACUAUCCUCGGCCAAGCAGGCUUCUUCCAAGCAGGGGGGGUAACAGAGGAGUGCGUCCGUCGACAGGCCGAGGUGGCCAAGCGGCUGGUGACGGUGGUGGACACACCGGGCUGGGAGGCCGGGGUGGCCGGGGCGACGCCGGAGAGGAUGAGGAGGGAAAUCAUCAGUGGCGUGGCGUUGUGUCCGCCGGGGCCUCACGCGCUCCUGCUGACGCUGAGGGUGGACACGCUGGUGAGUGGAGGACAUGUGAGGGAACACCUGGAGCUGCUGGGCGAGGGCGUGUGGAGACACACAAUCCUGCUGUUCACCCACGGGGAUCAGCUCCGGGAGGGGCUGGAUUUUGAGCAGCACAUCCAGGGCGGGGGCCGGGACCUGCAGUGGCUGAUGGAGAAAUGCAGCGGCAGGUACCAUGUGGUCAGCAGUGCAGACGGAGGUGGAGGAGGAGGUGGAGGCUCCACUACGGUGACAGAGCUCCUGGAGAAAGUGGAAAAGAUGGCGACAAUGAACAGGUGCGAGGCUUUCUCAAGUCUGGUUCAGGACGUCAGAGACCUGAGCCGACAGAGGAACGAAAAGGUCAACCAGCGCCUGAAGGAGAUGGGAGACAAGAUGCUUCGUCAGGAGGGGGAGCUGAAGAACGUGAGGGAGAGGGAGAUGAAGAGCAUCAGGUGGUUGUUUGAUUGGAAGAGGAAGGGGAAAUCGCCCGGGAAGGCCAACGUUCAACGGGAAGAGGAGGAGGAGGAGGAAGAAGACAGGAGGAUGGAUGAAAGGAAGCAGGACUUCGGAGAGCUGGAGGAGAGGAUGCGCUGGCUGACGGAGGAUAAAGAGAGAGAAGUACAGGAUCUGAGCGUAGAAAACGAGAGAAUCCGCGUCGCGCUGAACCAAAGUGGACGAGAGAGAGAGGAGGCGACGCUGAACCUGGAGCUGAGAGAGAUAGAGGUCGAGGAGCUGACAGAGAGAAUCGACGAGCAGCAAGCAAAGUUACUUGACCUUGAACGUGCCGGCGUGGAUAGUGAACAAGAGAGGAAGAGGAGGGAGGACGCCAUUAGAGCGAAGGAGAAGGAGUGGAGAAAGAAACUGGAGGAAGCUGUGGAGCGGCACAAGAGAGAAGAAGCAGAGUGGAAGGAACAACUAGAAUCUUUCAAAGCAGAAAUGGACGAGACAAAACGACACUGUGACAAUGUUCUCGAGAGAAAAGAGAGGGAGGUGACAAAGCUGGAAGAGAAACUAAAAAGAGAGAUGGAAGUAAAACUGUCUGAAAGAGAUAAAGACGAGGAGGAACUGAAGAAGAGAGCUGCAGAGGAAAAACGAUUCGCCCUCGAUACAGCAACACUGCAGCAUCAGCAGAUGACGAAGAAAAUCAGUGAAAUAGAAGCUAAACACCAAGAACAAAUUCAACAGAGUGUGAAAGAAAAGGCAGAUGAGAUGGAAAAGGUCAGACAACAGCAUGAAAAAGAAAUAAGAGACAGGAAUGAAGAAACCCGCAGAGAAAUCGAAAAUCUGAAAAAGCAUUUUGCCAAAGAAAAUGAGGAACAUGUGAAAGCAAACAAGCAGGAGAUAGAAGAGCUGGAACAGAAGUAUCACAAUCAAAUAAGAGAAACACUGCGAGAAAAUGAAAAAGAGAGAGAAACGAUUAAUUCAAAUCACAUGAAAGACGUGACGCAAAAGAUUCAAGAGAAAGACAGAGAAAUGGAAGAUUUAAAACAGCAGCAUCAGGAAGAAAUUAAGGACAUGGAAAAACUAAUGGAGGCGACGAGGACAGAACAACAGAGAGAGAUAAAUAGAAAAGUGAAAGAAAAAGAGGAGGAUGUAGAAAGAGUGCAACAGCAGUGCGAGGAAAAAAUAAGAGACAUGGAUGAAGAAAGAAAAAGAGCAAAUGAAGAGCAGAGAGAAAAGUUUUGCCUUUUGGAAAAAUUGCAAGAGAGAGACGAGUUAAAACGACAACACUUGAGCCAAGUCGAAGAAAGAGUGCGAGAGAGUGAAAAGGAAAAAGAGAGAUUUGAGAAAGAGAAGGAGAAAAGGGUGGAAGAAAAAGAAAAGGAGAUUGAAGAGAUGAAACUGAAUGUAGGAGAACUUAAAACUAAGCUACAACAAGAGAAAGAGAAAGAAAUGGAUUAUUUAAAUUACAGGAAAGAGACAGAACAAAGAAUGAGAGAAAAAGAGAAAGAAAGUGAGCUGAUGAAGCUGAAUGUUAAUGAAAUGAAGGAGAAACUGCAACAAAGGGAAGAGAAAGAAACGAGUUACAAGAAAGAACUGGAGGAAAGACUGGAAGAAAAAGACAGAGAAAUAGAAGGGCUGAGAGAACAUUCAAAAUUAACAGAAGAAAAGAGAGAGAGGGAUCGGUUGAAGCAAAAGAGGCAGAUGAUGCAAAAACUGGAAGAAAAUGAACGAGUGAUGGAGAAAUUGAACGAGCACAUAAAGGACAUUGAAGAAAUCGUCCAAAGAAAAGAGGAAGAGGCAGAGCAGCGACUGCAGGACCGAGGGAGACGGACGGAGGAGAUGAAACUACAGCUUCUAAACGAAAUGGAGAGAAAGUUAAAAGAGAAGGAGACAGAGAUUGAAAGCUUGAGACAGGAAGCAGACUCCAGGGAGACGAGAUGGAGGGAGGAGCAGGAGACGAGGGACAACGAGAUGAAGAAGCUGACGGAGAUCCUGGAGAAGAAGACAGAGGAAAUAACAGAAACACAGAGUCUUCUUGCUCAGAGACACAGGGAGGUGGAGGAGGUGAUGGAGAAGCUGCAGGAGAAAGAGAAGGAGCUCGUCCAGCUGAAGCUCACGAUCGAGCAAACAAAGUCAGAGCUGAAGAAUCUCACAGGCAAGAUGGAGGAGGAGAUGAUGAGCUUGAUUCAGGAAUACGAAAAGGAGAUCGCAAGAAGAGACGAGAGCGUGGAAUCGAUAUCCAGGGACAAGGAGGAAGAAAGCCAGCUAAACGAGGAGCUGCGGGAGCAAAGCGAGAAGAUGAGAAAGGAGGCGGACAAUUUCAAAUUCAAGUAUGAGGAGCUGAGGAGGGAGAAGGAAGAAGAGGUGAGGAAACACCAGAGGGGAUACGAGGAAAUCCAAAGCAUUCUUAAAGAGAGAGAUCUGGAGGUCAGGGUGUUAACAGACGCAAGUGAGAAGCUGCAGACGGAGAUGGAGCUGAGAGAGCAUUCUGAGAGACAGAUGAUGGAGAGAGAAAGUGAGUGGAGAAUGAAGGAAGAGGAGAUGGAAGAGAAAUUGUUGAAAAGGGAAAGGGAGGUCGAGGAAAGGGAAGAGGACACGAGGAGAAAUGAGGAAGAGUUGAGCAAGAAACGACUCAUACUGGGUGCGAAAGAGGAAGAGCUUCGAAAACUGGAAGUGAAUCUCGAGAAGCACCGAGAAGAGCGUGAUCACUACGAGCGAGGAGUGAAACUGAGAACUCAGACUAUCGAGAGAAAGGAGCGGGAGAUAGAAGGUUUGCUCCGAGCUCUGGAAGUCAAACAGCAAGAGCUGAGCAGCCACGGCCAGGAUCUCCAGAAGAACGUGAAGCGUCUCAAAGACCAAGGGAAGGAGCUGAAAGAGAGAGAGCGCUACUUAAACAAGGAGGAGCGGGAGUUGAUCAGCUGGAAGUCCGAGCUGCAGACGCAAAACCAGCAGGUGGACUCUACAGCUCAGCAGCUGUCCGAAAUGGGCCGAGAUUUGGCUUUGCUGAAAGAGGAGCUGCACAGAAAAGAGACGAAUCUAAAGGCGACGCUUAAAAAAUGGAGCAAGUGGGAAGUGGAGCUUGAAGCGCGAGAGGCGGAGUUGAACGAGAGAAACCUCGAAGGAGGUCAAGGUCCGGAAGCUGCGGUCGAGAGUUCGGAGAACAACGUCUUUGUGAUGUGCCGAGAGGUCAGCGAGCGAAGGUCAAAGGGCAGAGAGGCCGUUCAAGGAGAAAGCACAAAGGAAAGGGAGGAUCAGACGAGGAAAACAGCAGAGUCAGCUAGGUCAUUGAGUCCCAGCAGCACAGCCUCUCCUGGGCUGCAUGUGAGGGUGCUGGUGCUGGGGGAGUCCUGGUCCUCUCGCUGCCCAGCCGGAGUCUCCAUCCUGGGAGGAGAAGAUCCCAAACCAGACGGAUCCACCUUCAGGUCCUGGAGAGGUCAGACCGCCGGGAGACGCCUGGCGGUGGCCGAGCCGCUGGGUCUGAGGUGGCGGGACGGACCGAACCCAACAAACCCAAAGAGAAGCCUCCUGGACGGCGUCUCCUGGUGUCACCCGGGUCCUCAGGUGGUCCUCCUGCUCAUGCCCGUCUUCCUGGCCUGCACCAGGAAGUACAGGAGAGCUGUGGAGGAGGACAUGGGUUCACUCGGGGAAGGGAUAUGGAAGCGCACCCUGGUGGUGUUCACGUGGGGGGAAACUUUAGGGGUGAGCGCAGAGCAGCACAUCCUGAGGAGCGGCGAGCUGACCGGGCUCGUGGAGAAAUGUGGCGGCAGGUUUCACGUGCUGAGCAGCAAGAGAAGAAACCCUGAGACUGAGGGGCUGUUCGAGAAGAUGGAGGGCAUAGUGGCUUCAAACAGCAGGGGGCAGUGUUUAGUGUAG